AUGGUGGAAAUUAAACGCACAGUGAAGCUGGUGACGGAGCAGCAUAAUAUCGAUAAGCCUGCAGAGCAAGAAGGGUUUCCCAUGAAGCUAUGGAACAUUGAAAUAUUUCUCCUAGACGAAGCAGGGAACGAGAAGCCAGCAAAAUGCUUCACCAAAGCAGUUUACACCCUUCAUCCCUCAUUCGCAAACCCUAUUCAAACAUUCACAGAACCACCAUUUCGCUGCGAGAACGAGGGAUGGGGAGAAUUUGACAUGACCAUUGAUCUCUACACGACUGAGAAAGGCGGCAAGAAUACCAUAGGACACGAUCUUAAUUUCGCGAAACCACAAUACGAGUCGAGACAUCAGGUUUCGUUCAAGAAUCCUUCAGCCGCGCUCAUGAGCAUCCUAAAGGAAACGGGGCCAGUUCCCGGUGACGAAAAUGGCCGCAAGAAGGAGGAUAAGAAGAGGAAAAGAACGGCGGGGAAUGUGGAUAUGGAGAAAUUGGCCGAGAGCCUGCCGAAGUUGGAUGAGGAACAGCUGCUGCAUGUUGUGCAGAUGAUUCAUGAUAAUAAGACUGAGGAGACGUACACUAAGAAUGACGUUGAGCAGGGAGAAUUCCACGUGGAUCUUUACACGCUUCCGGAAUCUUUGCUGAAGAUGCUUUGGGAUUAUGUUACACAACAGCUAGUCACUCGAUAG